ACUUCUGCCCCCACUUCUCUUCGUGGCUACCUCAGGCUCUCUUCGUGGCUACCUCAGGCUCUCUCCUCUCCACCUGUGUUUCUGCUCCCCAAUCCAACCACACGCAUACCCCCAGCAUUCUUCUUCAACCCAGGAGGGUCCCAGUUUCUAGACCCUGGUCAGUGCAGCUGGCUCUGGUGUGAAGUCAGCUACCCCCUCUUUGUCCUCAAACAGGAACCAGUGGUUACGGGGCAGGAAGUGCCUGAGGGGAAGUUAUGGGGCCCAGACACUCCUCCAUGCCCUACUUCAGCCCUAGCAGUAUCUGCCCAUGGGAAGUGGCUCUCCACCCGAAUUGGGCCCUGCUCUCCUGAGUGGCUCUGGGGCUGGGGGAGCGGCCCCAACUGCCAGGUAGUCCUGGACACCACCCUCCCUGUUUUUCACGGGUCCACACACACACUCAAAACCGUGUUUCCUCCUCCUCCAACAGCCACUCACCAGAACCUAAAACCAUCCCAUGCUGGAGAGGCCCCUAUGAACUACCCAGUCAGCCGAGGGCAGAGGAAUAGGGGUAUAUGCUGGGGCUGACACAGCUGGCUUUGAACCCCAGCUCUGCCACUUCUGGGCUGGACCUCCUUGUAAGUAAGAGUCUGAACUCAAGCCUGAGGUUCCCCACCAGGGAAACAGGCACCGUAGUACCCCACGUUGUGGGGAUUCGCAGUGACAAAUGGAAAGUGCCCGGUUCAGGGUUGGCACAUAAGUGGGGCUCCUCAGCCCUGGAACAAUCGUAACAGAGGGCCCCGCACUUCACAGAUGAGGAACUUGAGGCACGUGACUCUCCCCGGGGCCAUUUAGCCUAGCAGAGCAGGGACCAGGUUUCCUGACUUCCAGGCCAGUCUUCAGUGCUCGACCUAAUGGCAGCUAAUAAGGAAUGGAAAGAGGGUAUAUGCCUUUACCUAUUUGGCAGCAGUCUGGGGCUGGGGGGGCUCCUGCUCCUGGCUGUGGUCGUUCUGUCUGCCUGUCUGUGUCGGCUCCAUCGGAAAGUGAGGAGGCUGGAGAGGAGCUGGCUCCUUCUACCCUCGCACCAGGCCCAGCUCUCAGAGCAAGAGCUCCACUACGCAUCUCUGCUGUCCGUGCCUUGCCGUGAGGGGCCUGGCCUCAGCCAAAGGGAAGGCUCCAAGGAGGACCCCAGCAGUGACUAUGCCUGCAUUGCCAAGAACUAAUCCACCUGAGCUCCCCCAAACGCCUUCCCCCAACCCAGGACUGUGGCCCACCCAGUAAAGACCGUGGUCUCACCA